AUGGAUCCCAAUGAAAUGCCUGCUGUGCACUGCUGCCCCUCUGACUCCACCAAAGGGCUUGGGACUGGAUUCCCGUGGGGGAUUAAACUUGUUCGCAGAAGAGCUAUAAUUCUCUGUGCCCGCUGCCACAACCAUGGCAUCACUGACCAAAUCAAGGACCAUGAGCACUUCUGCCUCUUCCAGACCUGCAAGUGUCACAAGUGUGUCCGCUUCUCGCAACACUGCACGGUCUCGCCUGCUGAGAGUGCCUUGAAGAGGGAGCAGAGGGUACACCUAAAGAGGCACCUGGCUCAAGGACUGAUAAGGAGUGGGGCCGCCCCUCCCAAAGCUCACCGCCGUGUCGAGAAGUUGGCCAUCCAAGGAGGAGUCCCCACUGGGAAAGAGAACAUCAUGCCUCAGCUUGAGGCCCACCCCUGUGCAACCUUCGAGGAGGCAAGCUCCCAAGGGACUCUGCUGAUUGGUCAGGCCCCAGAAUUUUUGUCUCUAUCCUGGACUCCAGCACCCUUGAAGAAGCAACUAACAAUUUCACUUUCCAGGGAGCCCCACAGGCUCCCUACUCUGCCCAGCACACACUCAACUCUGAUCCUCCAGGUCUGUGCCACCCUUGACUCCAUUCUACCGCAACCACAGAUACCCAAAGCUUCUGACCGGGACCUGGGUCCUGCCUCCUCAGAGUGGCAGCGGAAGCUGGAGGCGGCCGAGGCUCUGCUGACUCUCAGAUACUCUUCCCAGGCCCCUUCUGGCUCCAUCUCCCUGCUGCAGCCCUGUGCUGCACCAGCUCCCGCUGGAGAUCGAGGACUCCAGCCUCCUAGCCCCUCUCUCAGACCCAGGCUGGUCAGCUCCAUUUCUCUGCCUAUUGGACAUCUGGGGUGCAUCUCCCUCUUGAAGUAG